CAGGCCGAAGCCGGCGCGCCGAGAGUUGAAAGGUGAAGCGGCACGGCGCGCGGCGAUGACGUAAUGGCUUUGUGCGCUGGGCGGCCGGGGGGCAGCAGUAGCGGCAGCUUUCCCCGCACGUCGUCGCGCUGGGGCUGCCUCCGCCGCCGGGUCCCAGCUAGGCCCGCCUCCCGCUCCCUCCGCUCCGCGUGAGGAGCCGUCCUCUCUUCCGAUAUAUAACCAAAACCUGUUUUAUGAAACAGACUCUUUGUCAAAUAUACCUUUUUGAUGUCUGGUAUCUGAAACCUCCCAACUAUGCCAGCAGCUACAGUAGAUCACAGCCAAAGAAUUUGUGAAGUUUGGGCUUGCAACCUGGAUGAAGAGAUGAAGAAAAUUCGUCAAGUUAUACGGAAGUUUAACUAUGUUGCCAUGGACACAGAGUUUCCAGGUGUAGUUGCACGGCCUAUUGGAGAAUUCAGAAGUAAUGCAGACUAUCAGUAUCAACUGCUCCGCUGUAACGUGGACUUACUAAAGAUAAUUCAAUUAGGGCUGACGUUCAUGAAUGAACAAGGCGAAUACCCUCCAGGAACUUCAACAUGGCAAUUUAAUUUUAAAUUUAAUUUAACAGAAGACAUGUAUGCCCAAGAUUCAAUAGAGCUAUUAACAACAUCUGGAAUCCAGUUCAAAAAACAUGAGGAUGAAGGAAUUGAGACUCAGUACUUUGCUGAACUUCUUAUGACGUCAGGUGUCGUGCUAUGCGAAGGAGUCAAGUGGCUUUCAUUUCAUAGUGGCUAUGACUUUGGUUAUUUGAUCAAGAUCUUGACGAAUUCCAAUUUACCUGAGGAAGAGCUGGACUUCUUUGAGAUUCUGAGAUUAUUUUUCCCUGUCAUUUAUGAUGUGAAGUACCUUAUGAAGAGUUGCAAAAAUCUCAAGGGUGGAUUGCAAGAAGUUGCUGAGCAGUUGGAGCUGGAGAGGAUAGGACCGCAGCAUCAAGCAGGAUCUGAUUCUCUACUAACUGGCAUGGCCUUCUUCAAAAUGAGAGAGAUGUUCUUCGAAGAUCACAUUGAUGAUGCAAAGUACUGUGGUCACUUGUACGGUCUCGGUUCUGGUUCCUCAUAUGUACAGAAUGGGACAGGAAAUGCAUAUGAAGAAGAAGCCAACAAGCAAUCAUGACACGAAAUGGGAAGCUGCUUUUUCUGAGCUCCAUGUGCUUGUACAUAGGUUUUAUCUCUGGUUGAAUCCCUUGGGACAAUAAGGCCUUCUCUUCCCCUUGGCACACUUCCUUUUAUGCCUUUGUAUGUACUAAACCUGACUGUUCCUAUCCCAGUUUUUUGACCUUAAGGUGUAGGCAUUCUGGGUUAAAUGUGGCCUUGUACUUUGCCCAUCUGUACAUAAGCACAUGUAGGAGCAGCGUGGCGGGUAGAAGAAAGCUAAAAUGAUAAUGAAAUUUCUGGUAAACUUUAA